ACCCCACUCCGUUCUUUCAAAGAUUGUACGUCUGUUUUGAGGCUCUCAAAGUGGGUUUUAAGAAUGGAUGUAGGCCCCUGAUUGGAGUAGAUGGUUGUCACCUUAAAGGGGCUCAUCCAGGAAUGAUCUUAGUGGCUGUGAGCAAAGAUGGAAAUAACAAUAUUUUUCCCGUAGCUUGGGCAGUGGUGGAAGUUGAGAAUGCUGACAGUUGGACAUGGUUUCUUGAUUUGCUGAUGAAGGACAUAGGACACCAUGACGGAGAAGGAUUGACUCUUAUGUCUGAUAGGCAAAAGGGACUAUUGGAUGCUAUAUCUGUUGUGAGUUCAAAAGCCGAGGUCAGAUUUUGUGCUAGACACAUAUGGGCUAACUUCAAGAAUAAAUUCAGUGGCACAGCCUAUAAGGACCUGUUUUGGGCAGCAGCAAGAUCAACAACUAAGCAUUGGCAUGAUUCUUACAUGGCUGAAAUCAAAGAGCUAAACGAGGAUGCAUAUAACUACUUGAGUGACAUACCUCCUGUUCAUUGGUGUAGACAUGCAUUUGGAUCGAAUUCUAGGUCUAACAUGUUGCUCAACAACCUUUGUGAGACAUUUAAUGCUGUGAUAAGGGAAGCUAGGGAUAAACCAAUAAUAACCUGCCUAGAUUGGAUUAGGAGGUACGUAAUGAGAAGGAAUGCUGAGAAGUGGGAGGGUAUUCAAAAGUAUGAGGGGAGGUUUAUGCCAUUUGUUGAGAAGGUUUUAGCUUGGGUUUAUGAAGCAUCUUUGAAUUGUAUAGUCUGUCCUUCUAGAUUAGAUGAGUGGGAGGUGGAAACUGCUUUUGAUAGGCAUGUGGUAGAUUUGAAGGAGUUGACAUGCACAUGCUUUAGGUGGGAGUUAACGGGAAUACCAUGUCCACAUGCUUAUGCAUGUAUUGUGAAGAAGAGGUGGAGGCCUGAAGAUUUUGUUCAUGAGUGUUACUCAAAGGCCAAAUACUUAGCAACUUACUCGCCUCAUAUCAAGCCAAUGCCCGGGAUGAAGCAGUGGAAGAAAACAGAUUUGCCUCGACCUUUGCCUCCACUGUUAAGGAAAAUGCCAGGAAGGCCUAAGUCACAUAAGAGAAAGAAAGAAGCAGGUGAGGAUGCUGAGGAGAGGUUUGUGAAGCGAGGGAAAAAGCCGAAUAACUGCUCAAACUGUAAACAACCAGGCCACAACAAGAGAAAGUGCAAUAAUCCACCUGGUGUUAUUCAGCCCAAGGAACCAGGGAGGGAUCCCUCCAAGAACCCAUGGGUUGUUGCUGACAGAAACAAGAGGGCUGCAAGAGUUUUAAGGAGGUAUAAUGCUGAAUCAGUCACUCAACCACAGCAACAAAACUCAAGUGCAGCUACCAUGCAACAGACAUUUAAUGCUCCACCUCAAUCCAGUCAGACAGGGAGUUAUCAACCUCCUCCACUCAGUCAGACCUCAAGUCAGCAACCAGGUCAGACAGCAAGUCAGCAUCCAGGUCCAUCCAGCCAAACAUCAACUCAUCAGCCUCAAACAUCACUCCCUCCAAAACUCAGACCCAAAUUGCAGACAACAAAGAAACCAGUGUGGCAUAUUUAAGUAUUGUUGGUUGUAAUUCCUUUGAACAAGUAGUUAAGGUUUCUAAUUAGCAACAAGGUUACAUUUUGGCAAUGACAAUUCUAAUUAGGUGCAAGGUUUACAUUGGAACACUGUGUAAAGAUUCAUUUGCCCCUUAAUUAUAUUUGACGUUCGAGCUCGGCUCACGCGUGGCUCGUUUCAGUUAAGUGCAGGUUUAACAAGUUGUUGUUCUUGUUGUUC